GUCGUGCUUCGCUUACGGCCAAUGAGGUGAACGUUAAUGCUCGAAGCGCAGGGGACACGGGACGCCCACCCUCCCUUCGCACCCCCACACUCUGCCGCUGUGCGGCUGCAUCCGGCGCCGCCUGGAGACGUACCGCGACCAUGAACAACACCACGGACCCCAGCGCCGCUGCCCAGGCUGCUGCUGCUGCCGCCGCCGCUCUCCAGCAGCUGCUGGAGCUGCACGACGAUGCGCGGAUCGUUGCGUACUGUGCCGUGGGCGCAUACUCCUGGUUCCUUUUGGACUUCUUCCUGGUGCUGCCAUCCGAGAUCAAAUACGUAUGGGCUACGAAGUGGAACCUAUCGAAGCUGCUUUUCGCAUGGGUUCGCAUCUUUGGCUUCGUUCUCCUCACGGUCAACCUCGCGGUUACAAUGACUGGGGGGCACUCAGAGAAGGUCUGCGAAUUCUACUUUUACUGGGAGGGAACAGCUGGCUCGCUCAUGUUAUACUCUGUUGAGAUCAUCUUGCAACUCCGGAUCUACGCUAUGUACCACAAGAACAAAUGGCUCGCGAUGUUUAACGCAGCCUUCUUCUUCGCCGAGAUUUCGGUCAUGCUCAUCGUCUAUAACUAUGGCAUUUCGGUCGGCACCACACUUGCGACACCCCCAGGCCUGACAGGCUGUUAUGGGAUCACGACGAGCUACCUCUUCUCCAUUUGGAUCCCCGGCCUGGUGUUCGAGAUGUGGCUCGUACUGCUCGCUAUCUACAAGGCCAUCGAGCGCGCCCGCUCCGGCAUUGUUGUCAACGGUCACAGGCUCGACCUGCUCGCGCUCCUCAUUCGCGACAAUGUCAUCUAUUUCGUGGUUAUUGCCCUCGGCUUGCUCACGAACACAAUCAUGUGGUUCGCAGCGCCUGAUGGGCUCGCCGCCUCUGCAGUCUCAAUGUCGCACGCAUCUAUGAUUGUCUCCGGCACCCGUCUCCUGCUCAACCUUUUCGAAGCCUUCCACCAGCGCGUGCAGCGCUCGCUCGGCGUGACGACCUCCGGGGCAUACGACACGCAGGCGACCGAAAACCUGGCCACGCUCCCAACGUUCCGCGCCGCCAAGCGCGACCUGUCGUCCUCCCGCCGCACGCGCGCGGGCUGGACGGACACGUCCGUGCUCACGGGCACGGACUGGUCGUCCGGGACCGACGCGACGGAGAGCACGUAUGCAGCGGAGCCCGCAGCGGAUGGGGAGGUCGAGGGGUGGAGGCAGAGAAGGCAGGAGGUGUAUCGGUUAGAGAACCUGUAUGGGCCGCAUGAUGUCGCGGGGUCGAAGAGUACGCGCGGGUUCGGCGAAGCGUUCUGACCGCCAUGCAUAGGACUGGUUGUAUGACUGUCGAUGUAUAUGUACGCACGGACAUCUUUGUAUGUACGUUGUAUAUGUAUACCCUAUCCUUAUUCCUUUACGAGUUGCG